ACCGCCUGCCCCGGAAGCGGUCGGCGCGCGGCGCGGCUGGGCGCUAAGAUGGCGGCGGCGUGAGUUGCAUGUUGUGUGAGGAUCCCGGGGCCGCCGCGUCGCUCGGGCCCCGCCAUGGCCGUCACCAUCACGCUCAAAACGUUGCAGCAGCAGACCUUCAAGAUCCGCAUGGAGCCUGACGAGACGGUGAAAGUGCUAAAGGAAAAGAUAGAAGCUGAGAAGGGGCGCGAUGCCUUCCCCGUGGCUGGACAGAAGCUCAUCUAUGCUGGCAAGAUCUUGAGUGACGACGUCCCCAUCAGGGACUAUCGUAUCGAUGAGAAGAACUUUGUGGUCGUCAUGGUGACCAAGGCGAAAACGAGUCCAAGCAGCGCAGUGCCCCCAGAGACCUCACCCACUGCUGCCCCGGAGUCCUCCACCACCUUUCCUCCGGCCCCUGCCUCAGGCAUGUCCCAUCCUCCGCCUGCCCCCAGAGAGGACAAGAGUCCGUCGGAGGAAUCAAUCCCCGCGACGUCCCCAGAAUCCGUGUCAGGCUCUGUUCCCUCUUCAGGUAGCAGCGGGCGAGAGGAAGACGCGGCCUCCACGCUAGUGACUGGAUCUGAGUAUGAGACGAUGCUGACGGAGAUCAUGUCCAUGGGCUAUGAGCGAGAGCGGGUUGUGGCCGCCCUGAGAGCCAGCUACAACAACCCACACCGAGCCGUGGAGUAUCUGCUCACGGGAAUUCCUGGGAGUCCCGAGCCAGAACAUGGUUCUGUCCAGGAGAGCCAGGUGUCCGAGCAGCCGACUACAGAAGCAGCAGGAGAGAACCCUCUAGAGUUCCUGCGGGACCAGCCCCAGUUCCAGAACAUGCGGCAGGUGAUUCAGCAGAACCCAGCACUGCUGCCGGCCCUGCUCCAGCAGCUGGGCCAGGAGAACCCUCAGCUUUUGCAGCAAAUCAGCCGGCAUCAGGAGCAGUUCAUCCAGAUGCUAAAUGAGCCUCCUGGAGAGCUGGCAGACAUCUCCGAUGUGGAGGGCGAGGUGGGCGCCAUAGGCGAGGAGGCCCCCCAGAUGAACUACAUCCAGGUGACGCCGCAGGAGAAGGAAGCUAUAGAGAGGUUGAAGGCCCUGGGCUUCCCCGAGGGCCUGGUGAUCCAGGCCUACUUCGCCUGUGAGAAAAACGAGAACUUGGCUGCUAACUUCCUCCUGAGUCAGAACUUUGAUGACGAGUGAUGCCGGGAGGCCGGGCUGCCCACUGCCCCCCCACCCCUCAACUCCACGGAAGUUUUAUAACAGAAAAAAAUAUAUAUAUAUUCAUGUUUAUUUAAGAAGUGGAAGAAAAAUCAAAAACUUUAAAAAAAACCACCCCAACUUCCCACCCUCCUAAAGUGGCCCCCAUUCGCAUCUUGGCCUGAGAAGACCCGGGCCAGACAGCUGUCCCCAUCCCCCGCCGCAGCCCUGCCUACUUGAAGGAGCUGGCAGGACUGCAGGCGACAGAUGGGCCCCUCUUGGCCUCUGUCCCAGCUCCCUGCAGCCAGAUGGAGAGGCGGCUGCUUGCUUCCCAUCCCCCGAAGAGCCCCCGAGACCUCCCCCGCCCUCUUCCAGGGUGAGGGGAAGCUGGAGCCCCGGACU